AUGAUGGAACUUCUGCUUAGUAUGUCAACUGAAAUGAAACAGAUCAAAGAACAGUCCGAACAACAGUCCGAACGACAGACAGAGGAGUUAAAACAGAUCAAAGAACAGUCCGAACGACAGUCCGAACGACAGACAGAAGAGUUAAAACAACAGAUCAAGGAACAGUCUGAACGACAGACAGAGGAGUUAAAACAGAUCAAGGACCAGCUAAAACACGUAAAAUUGGAAGUGGCAGAACAGAUUGAAGAACAGUCAACAAGAAUAGAAAUGAUCGAGCAGAAACUUGAUCGUCAGACCGUUGAGGUAGAUCACAAGAUAGACAAAUUGAAGCGAGAAUUGGAGCAAUCCAAAAAAAUGACCAUGCCGUUAGAUCACGCAUUCGGAAGAACUUUGAAGGUACCAGCAUUUGACGGAGAGAUGUCCUGGAACUAUAAAACCCAGUUCGAAGCAGCGGCAACUAGUAACUCAGCAGAGGUUCUUCAGACGAUUCCGGCGGAGAACCACUUCAACUAUGAAGUUCCGGUUAGCGCGUUAGAUUUACGUUAUGGUGAAGAACACAUGAAACAGAUUUAUCGGUUUCAGCUUAGAAACAGAACACAACAAUCUGGUGAAUCCAUUCAGCAGCUGGCACAAGAUAUCGAACGGUUGACAUUGCUGUCGUAUCCGACAUCAGACCCCGAGCAUAGAGACGAAACUGCCCUGGAUACGUUUAUCAAAGCCCUUCAUGAUUCGGAACUCAAGCAAUCCCUUUUUUUGUCAGAUAAACGAAAACUCAAGGAUGCCGUUGCGUACAGUCUCACUUUUGAAUCGGCAAAGCAAGCAUCAAAAAGUGACGUACGUCUACGCCAAGUAAAUGAAGAAUGCUCUUGCCAGAAGGUGGUUGUGAAACGCAAACCCCAACAGCAUGGUGUACCCCAAUGA